AUGGAUGAUAAACUAUAUCGUCAGGCGAGUUUUAUGACUCGUCGACGCCGCCGUAAAGAGAAUGAAUUGGUUCAAGCAUUACGCGAGGAUAUUAGCGAUUGGAUCGCUCGACUCUUCCCCAGUCUUUCUAUUCAAGCGGAUAAGUUUCACGAUGCUAUAGCUAAUGGUACUGUUCUAUGUCAGUUAGCUCAAUUAAUUGAAGAGGCGCAAUUAAAAAUUGGUGAAAAAAUUGAUAAGAAUUUACGAAUUCAAAUGAAUAAAAUUGCAAUGAUGGGAGGAAGAAGUUUAGUAAAAUUUAAAGCCCGAGAGAAUGCAUUAUCAUUUAUUCGUUGGUGUCAGAAUCGUGGUAUUAACAAAUCAGUUAUGUUUGAACCAGAUGAUUUAGUUGAACAGCGUGAUCAACGCCAAGUUAUAAUAUGCUUAAUGGAAGUUUCCAGAUUAAGCGUUCGCUAUGGGAUUGAACCUUGUAAAUUGGUCCAGUAUGAAAUGGAAAUUGAUGCAAUCGAGAAACAGGAAAAAGAAGAAUCACAAUUAAUGCAGCAAUCAUCCAGUCUUCAUUGCAGCAGACAUCUUCAAGAUCAAAAUGACGGUAUACAAGAAUCGACAGUGCAAGAACGGCAUCAUAAACAUAGAAAAAAUAGAGCUAAGAUUAAAAGAAGAAAGAGUAAAAGAGAUCCAAAUCGUCUUCGUCAUGAUAAUCAAACGACAGUACAACAGAAUCAGAUUCCAUCACAUCGUAAACGUUCAAGCCAAGAAAAUACAGAAAUUUCCGUUAUUUAUACUCAAACAUCAAUAUUUAAAGAACAAAAACCAAAUAAAUUGAUCAAUGCGAAAGGUUCACCUCGGAAAAUUGUAUCGUCAAAUAGAUCAGAAAAUGUCGAAACAGAAUCUACAGAUUUAAACGAAACAUUCGCUAAAAAUAUGCAAAAAGCCUUCGGUAUCGUCACUACUCCACCCAAUAAUGAAAACCGUGAUCAAGAAAAUAAAGUUAAUCUUGUAAAUGAUCAAGCUAAAGUCCAAUCGUAUACUAGACAAAAUUCCACUGCUGAUCAAAGCUAUAAUUGUGAUCAGCAAGUUAAUAGUAGCCAACCUGAGUUAGUUCAUAAUAAUCGAUCUUAUCCUAUACCAUCUUCUUAUAACUCGUCAUCAAAUGCGACCGAAUCGACGCCUAAACAUGGUCGAACGGAAAUUACCUCAAAAUAUCCUUCAUCGUCAGUCAAUACUAAUACAACGAUAAAUCAGAGUAAUAAUACAUCAAGUCAUCAAUUGGUAUCAGAACAUAGUGAAGAAUAUUGGGAUGAUGAAGAAAUUGAAGAGCAAUUAUCCAAAUUUUCUAUUAAGGAAGAAUCAAGUAAACAAGACAGCCAAGACUUAGAAUAUACUAUACCUAACGUAACUUUGAAUCACCCUGAUAAAAUUCAAUUGACUAAUAUCAAUUCUCAGUCUAAUUUAAUCGAUAAUGAGAUAUCAUCUUCAGAUACAAUCGAUUAUUCAUUGGAAAUUAAUCGAGAAAGGAAAAGAUCUACAGGUGAAGAUAGUUUUAUUUUUGAUGAAGAAAUGAUGCAAAGAGAAGCUUCCAUUGCAUCAGAAGCUGUGCUCGAUCACUAUGAAGUCGGCCAGGAACAGCAACAACAACAGUAUUGGUUACAAAAUCAAUUAGAAGGCAGAAGCAGUCGAAUUGGUAGAUUACAUCAAAAUGAAACUGCUAGUUUAGACGAUGAUGACUAUGAAGACGACGAUACAUACGAAGAGGACUAUGAAGAUGAGGAAGAAUAUGAUGGUGAAGGAGAUAUCGUACCGCUAACAUCAGUUUUGCAUAAAAACGUAUGGAAAAUUGUGAAUUCAGUCCAAGCCAAUGAUGACAUCAUACAAAUGAAGGAAGGAAAAUACAAAAUAUUUGAUAAAAUUGUCUUCGUUAGGAUGCUAAAUGAGCACGUUAUGGUUCGUAUUGGCGGAGGAUGGGAUACGUUAGAGCAUUACAUCACCUUCCAUAUGUCUUUACGAAAGAAUAAAUCAAUUUUGAAAACUAGAGAUAUAGAUGAAGUAAGAUCAGAUAUUAAAGCCAAUUCAAGCUUAAUUAGCUAUUCAAGGCCAAAAAGAACUUCCUUUGGUGGUUCACUUGGUAGUCGAGACCAACUCGGAGCUAGUACAUUGUCUCUACAAAGUAGCGGCUCCUUUAGUGAAUUUCAUCCAAAGUUAAAGCUUUAA